AUGAAAAGGGACAAGAAUUUGCAGGGCGGGCAGCUGGAAGUACAAAUGAACUUCGAUGUUACUGAUGUGGACUUUCUAGAACAGAAGACAGAGGUCAUGCAACGAAUACAACACGCGGCCGAGAUGAGCAGGUCCAUCUAUGUGUUGUCCGAUUUCGAGAUUAUAGAUUCCAUCUCCGAAUACGUCGAUAAUUUGGAUCAGUGA